GAUCCUACAUUGCUCAUCUCCUGGACCCCAAUCUCCCUUGGAAGUUCCCUAUGCAUCCUUCUCUUGACCACAUGGAUGGAGAAGAUGAUUUGUCAGUGCUGACCGCCCUGCUGGAAGAGAAUGAAUCAGCCUUGGAUUAUAACUUGGAGAACUCACGACCCCAAGAGGAGGGUAGACCCGACACGUUUGAUGAGCUCUUUGAUGCUGAUGGUGACGGGGAGUCUUACACAGAGGAAGCUGAUGAUGGGGAAGUGGAAAGGACAGAGGACCAAAAAGACAAUGUGGCCAUGCUGUUUGGAGACGUAGGGGACUUAACAGAUGAAGAAGAAAUUCCUACACCACAAUCAACUGAAAAUAAAGUCCUCCCAGCUCCUGUACCCGGUCAGGAGAAAACUAACCAAGAACUACAAGAUGAACUAAGAAAGUUGCAAGAGCAAAUGAAAUCUUUACAAGAGCAGCUCAAAGUAGCAACAAUUAAACAACCUUCAAGUCCAGUCCUGCAUAAAUCCACUGGUAAGUCUCCACGCCCACCUCUUGAGAAGAAAAUUCGGAGGAUUCAAGAGUCAACAUGCUUUUCUGCAGAGUUGGAUGUCCCUGCUCUGCCAAGAACCCAGCGGGUGGCUCGGACCCCAAAGGCUUUGACAGGUGUGCCCAAAACCUUACCAACUUCUAGGAUGCCCACUGCUCCCUCCCAGCCACUCCAAGCUAUUCCUGGGAAUAAGCCUAACGGGAUGACAAGAGAUCAGAGAACAGAGGCUCCAAGACGUCCCCAGGAGGCAACUCCACAGAUGCCUGUCUCCACAGAAGCCUUCUCAGGCUUGCGGCUCAGGAAACCUCGAGUAUCCUCCACAGAAAUGACCAAGAAGAUGACUGGCCGAAAACUGAUCAGAUUGUCCCAGAUCAAGGAAAAGAUGACAAGUGAGAAGCUGGAAGAAAUAGACUGGGUGACAUUUGGGGUGAUAUUGAAGAAAGUCACCCCACAAAGUGCUAACAGCGGGAAAACAUUUAGCAUCUGGCGGCUGAAUGAUCUUCGUGACCUGACGCACUGCGUGUCGUUGUUCUUGUUUGGAGAAGUUCACAAACAACUCUGGAAAACGGAGCAAGGCACUGUCGUGGGGCUACUCAAUGCUAACCCCAUGAAGUCCAGAGAUGGCUCAGAGGAGGUGUGCUUAUCUAUUGAUCAUCCCCAGAAGGUCCUAAUUAUGGGUGAAGCUCUUGACCUGGGAACCUGUAAAGCAAAGAAGAAGAAUGGAGAACCAUGCACCCAGACUGUGAAUUUGAACGAAUGCGAGUACUGCCAGUAUCACGUCCAGGCGCAGUACAAGAAGCUCAGUGCAAAGCGAGCCGAUUUGCAGUCCACUUUCUCCGGAGGGCGGAUUCCAAAGAAGUUCGCCCGCAAAGGCUCCAGCCUCAAGGAACGGCUGUGUCAAGAUGGCUUUUACUAUGGAGGAGUUUCCUCUGCAUCGUAUGCAGCCUCGAUGGCAGCUGCUGUGGCUCCCAAGAAGAAGAUUCAGACCACGCUGACCAAUCUGGUUGUGAAGGGCUCAGACUUGAUCAUUCAGGAAACACAACAAAAGCUUGGAAUACCCCAGAAGAGCCUGUCUUGCUCUGAGGAGUUCAGGGAGUUGAUGGACCUGCCAACGUUUGGCGCCAGGAACUUAAAACAGCGUUUUGCAAAAGCCACGACUUCAGGGAUCAUGGGGAGCCCCAAACCAGCCAUCCAGUCGAUUUCAGCCUCAGCUCUCUUAAAGCAACAGAAGCAGCACAUGUUGGAAAUGAGGAAAAGGAAAUCAGAGGAAAUACAAAAGCGCUUUCUCCAAAGCUCAAGUGAGGUCACGAGCCCAGCUGUGCCAUCCUCGUCCCAACAGCCCCCUGCUCAGUCUCCACGGGUGGAGGCCAAAUUCCCACGGCUGGAAGGAGUCCCGGCCACACAGACGCCGAGACUUGGGCGGGGCAUCUCCGAAGGAGAUGAUGUUCUGUUUUUUGACGAGUCACCACCUCCAAAACCAAAACUAAGUGCUUUAGCAGAAGCCAAAAAGUUAGCUGCUAUUGCGAAGUUGAGGACAAAAGGCCAGGUUCUUACAAAAACAGAUCCGAACAGCAUUAAAAGGAAACAGAAAGACUGCCAGGACAUCCAGGAGGUAAAGGAGCGUGUGGAAAGGAGCACCAUGUUCUCUCCUGAAGCAGAGGAUGAACUAGAGCCUGCCGUGAAAAAAAGGAGAGAGCAGCUUGCCUACUUGGAAUCUGAGGAAUUUCAGCAAAUUUUCAAAGCUAAAUCGAAGCACAGUGACAUCAUGAAAGAGGCAGAAGCUGAGCUGCAGGAGCGCUACUUCGAGCCACUGGUGAAAAAAGAACAAAUGGAAGAAAAGAUGAGAAGCAUCAGGGAAGUGAAGUGCCGAGUCGUGACGUGCAAGACGUGCUCUUACACCCAUUUCAAGCCUCUGGACACCUGCGUCAGCGAGCAGCACGACUACCACUGGCAUGAUGGUCUGAAGAGGUUUUUCAAGUGUCCCUGUGGAAACAGAAGCAUCUCCCUCGACAGACUCCCCAAGAAGCACUGCAGUAACUGUGGCCUCUACAAAUGGGAACGGGAUGGAAUGCUAAAGGAAAAGACUGGUCCAAAGAUAGGAGGAGAAACCCUGUUACCCAGAGGAGAAGAGCAUGCCAAAUUUCUGAACAGCCUGAAGUAACCCAGCCAGCUUCCUAUGUUCUGGAUUGCUCAAAGAAGAGAUUCCAGUUAAGCCCUCGGGUUUUGCCUCUUUGCUUCCCUCCAUUAUGUUGGCUUGGUAUGAAAUGUGACAUUGACAUUUAAAGGGGUGGGGAUUAAGAGUCUAUCAUCUUUGCUGGUUUAAUUAGAGAUGAUGAAAUUACUGCAUUCACACAAAUUUUUUUUUCUCCAAACACUGGGAGAUGAGCUGAGAGCUGGGCCUCUGGAUCUCUUGGUUUUAAAGCAUACACUCAAUAAAGAGCUAGUGUUUAUGUGGAUACCCAAAAGCAAAAGAAUUAAGGUGUUGCUUUUGAACUUCAGUGUCCUUAUCUGUGAAUUGAAGACAAUUGGUCCGAGUGAUUUUGCAGUGUAUCUUUCAACCCUCAGGGUCUACGAACAGUAUACUGGUUUCCCACCUGCACAUGGUCUUGAUGAACUGAAAUUAAAAGCCAGGUUUCCUUUCUGGUAUAAAGAUUGAACUACUUUGCACUUCCAUUUAGUUAUGUUUAUAAAGGGUGAGACAGUUCUCUAGUCUUACAAUAUUCGGAGGGUUGCCAUGGAGAUACUGAAAAUCUCAUCAUUUUAAGUGGUUUAUCUAAAGGAGCUAGUGUACUUCUAAAUGAAGCAGAUACAAAAUCUAAAGUGCUGUGAUGCAUGGCUGACAAGCAGAAAUGCUCUGUAGGCAAGGACAGAAUCCCAUGGUUUGAGUGUGCAUUUUAUUAAUUCAUCAUACAUUAAAGACCAAGUCCUAUGUAAAUGACCAGCAGUGAAUCCUCUGCUAACCUGACUACAAACAGACUCAGGUGGAUGCUGGCAGCACCCAAGUGUUGGGCAGAGGAUUUUGUGUUCUGAAAUUUGAUUUCCCCCAAUUUGGUAAAAUAUUAAAGGAAGUAGUUGUGAGAGAUGACUGACUUGAGUUUUCAACAGCCAAAAAUAAAGUGUCCAUUCCUUCUCUCCUGCAACUCCACUCUGCACAGGUCAGUGAUUCUGUGGCUGACUCCUGUGUUUACUGUGAGAUUUUGUGCUAAUUAAACUUUAGAGAACUCUCCAGAAGAUUCUUGCUUUUUAAAGAAGUUUUCCUAACAAAGAAAAAAGUGUUUAUUAUUAAGACCCAAAAAGUACUUAAAACUCAUGUUUUAAUGGCUCACUUAGAGUAGAUGUGUUAGUCCCAUAAAGUUAAAAGAGAGCAAUAUAUAUAAAAUAUGUCACAUAGAACUUGAACUGGCAAAUAGCCCUCUGUUGGUCAGACCCCUUCUAUAUGAAAAUAUGUUCUUUAAGUGGAGGGCGUUGGUGGAUAGUGUAUAAUAAAAUUGUGUGAUAUAUUUGUAAAGAUUGGUGGUGAAUUGAAUCUGGAUGCCCUUGAUUGUGAAAUUCCUAAAUAUAAAAUAUAAUUGAGUCAUUUCUUAGUUGUAAUAAGUCUAAGAGGGCUAUUUGAGAUAUCAAGAUGAAAAAGGCAAGUAGAUUGGGGUUAGAGAACU